AUGCUCAAGUCAGCCUGGACUCUGUCUCAACGAGAUGCUUUGGCUCACUUUGGCACAGCCGAGGACAGGGGUCUGACCGAAGAGCAGGUCAAGAGCAGUAGAGAAGUGUAUGGGGAGAAUGCACUUCCCGAGGCACCUCCCACAUCCCUCUUCCAGCUCAUCCUCGCUCAAUUCCAGGACCAGCUCGUCCUCAUCCUCCUCGGUUCAGCCAUCGUCUCCUUUGUCUUGGCUCUUUUCGAAGAUUCAUCCGAACCUGGUGGUUCAUGGAUGACAGCGUUCGUGGAACCUCUCGUCAUCUUCUUAAUCCUUAUCGCCAAUGCAACAGUCGGAGUUAUCCAAGAGACAAACGCAGAGAAAGCCAUCGAUGCCCUUCGCGAAUACUCACCCGAUGAAGCUCUGGCACUACGGUCAGGUCAGCUGCGCCGAAUCCCAGCGACUCAACUCGUUCCUGGUGACAUUGUCUCUGUCCACGUUGGUGACCGCAUCCCUGCCGACUGCCGAAUCUUGUCCUUCUCCUCUUCGUCCUUUCGCGUAGACCAAGCUAUGCUCACUGGUGAAUCCAUGUCGGUCGGCAAGACCGAUUCGACGGUAUCAGAUGCCAGCGCUGUCAAACAAGACAUGGUCAACAUGUUGUUCUCAGGUACGACGGUCGUCAACGGAGCUGCGAAAGCUUUGGUCGUCGCGACGGGUUCGAAUACUGCACUGGGGGCCAUUCAUUCGUCAAUCUCUGACGACAACAAAGAGGAGGAAAAGACACCUUUGAAAAGGAAACUUGACGAUUUCGGAGAACAACUCGCCAAAGUCAUCUCGGUCAUUUGUAUUCUCGUAUGGCUUGUCAACAUCCGACAUUUCUCCGAUCCGUCUCAUCACGGUUGGCUCAAAGGAGCGGUGUACUACCUCAAGAUUGCCGUUGCUCUCGCGGUAGCUGCUAUUCCGGAGGGUCUGGCCGCAGUCAUCACCGCUUGUCUGGCUCUUGGGACCAAGAAGAUGGCGAAACGAGGAGCCAUCGUCAGGAAUUUACCCAGUGUAGAGACGCUAGGAUGCGCCAAUGUCAUCUGUUCCGAUAAGACGGGUACUCUGACCACCAAUCAAAUGAGCGUCGCGCGUUUCUCGACUAUUGACGGAGACAACGUCAUCGAGUACCUCGUUGGAGGAACCACGUUCGCACCGAUAGGCUCCAUCACCACGCUCGACGGUAAGACAGCUGAGAAGUCACGAGUCCGUACCGCUCCAGUCAACAAGCUGGUGGAGAUCUGUGCGGUAUGCAAUGACGCCAAGAUUGCCUACAACCAGGAUACCGAUACCUACGCCAACGUCGGCGAACCUACCGAAGCUGCUCUCAAAGUCUUGGUCGAAAAGCUCGCAUCGGACUCGGAUUCCUUCAACGAUACCUUGUCAGACUUAGCGCCUCUUGUUCGAGCCACCGCCGUCAAUGAUCAUUACGACUCAAGGAUCCAAAGGCUCUUGACAUUCGAGUUCACCCGAGAUCGCAAGUCCAUGUCGGUUCUCACAAGGAGCGGUGACUCUCACAGCCUCCUGGUCAAGGGUGCCCCGGAGACUGUCAUUGAACGCUGUACCAAGGUCAUAACACCUUCUGGUGUUGUAGCACUCACCCCCAAUGUCAGACGGACUCUUGCCGAAACGCAGCUGGAUUACGGCAAGAGAGGUCUUCGGACACUGGCCCUUGCAUAUAUCGACGAGAACGAUGGCGAUGUGUCUCACUAUAAAACAGAGAAAGCAGAGGACUAUGUCAGAUUCGAACAGGAAAUGACCUUUGUCGGGCUCGUUGGCAUGUUGGAUCCGCCGAGACCUGAGGUGCGAGAAGCUAUUGCCAAGUGUAAGACUGCGGGGAUUCGGACGAUCGUCAUCACUGGAGAUAACAAGAACACUGCCGAGACCAUCUGUCGCGAAAUUGGCGUUUUCGGUCCUGACGAGGACCUCACUGGAAAGAGCUACACUGGAAAGGAAUUAGACGCAUUGUCACAGGACGAAAAAGUCAAAGCGGUCCAACGGGCGAGCCUUUUCAGUCGGACAGAGCCAAAUCAUAAGUCCCAGCUUGUCGACCUAUUGCAAGGCCUGGGAUUGGUGGUGGCCAUGACAGGAGAUGGAGUCAAUGAUGCACCGGCGCUGAAGAAGGCGGAUAUUGGUAUCGCCAUGGGGUCGGGAACAGAUGUCGCCAAACUCGCUGCUGAUAUGGUCCUUGCAACGGACAAUUUUGCGACCAUCGAGAAGGCUGUGGAAGAGGGUCGAGCGAUUUACAACAAUACGAAGCAAUUCAUCCGAUACCUCAUCUCUUCCAACAUUGGAGAGGUCGUAUCCAUCUUUUUGACCGUCCUCCUCGGUAUGCCUGAAGCUUUGAUUCCUGUCCAGCUUCUCUGGGUAAAUCUAAUCACCGAUGGCCUGCCGGCCACUGCUCUCGGCUUCAACCCGCCCGACCAUCAGAUCAUGAAGACUCCGCCGAGAUCUGCUUCUGAGCCUUUGGUAGGCAGAUGGCUUUUCUUCCGGUACAUGGUCAUCGGUACUUAUGUCGGCGCGGCGACGGUCUUUGGAUAUGCUUGGUGGUUCAUGUUCUAUUCGCAGGGCCCUCAAAUCACUUUCCAUGAGCUCACUCACUUCCACCAAUGCUCCUCCGCAUUCAGUCACCUUGACUGUUCCAUCUUCGCCUCUACGCCUUCUCAACGCGCUACGACUGUAUCAUUAUCCAUCUUGGUCGUCAUUGAAAUGUUCAAUGCUUGCAACUCGCUGUCUGAAAACGAAUCUCUACUCGCCCUACCAAUCUGGACCAACCCUUAUCUUGUGGCCUCCAUCGCCUUAUCCAUGGGUCUUCACUUUAUGAUUCUUUAUGUCCCAUUCUUCAGAACCUUGUUCCAAAUCACUCCUCUCAACUGGGAAGAAUGGAAAGCCGUCUUGUGGAUAUCGUUCCCCGUCAUCAUCAUUGACGAAGUGCUCAAGUGGAUAUCCACGAGUGUCCUAGAUCAGUCGUCAAUCGAAUCAUCCGCGCCUCUGAGCGUUAAUGAACAUGCUGUCAAUGGGAAUGGAGUGCAUGAAAAGGCAGAAUAG